AUGAACAGACUUAUUUCACCAAAAUGUGCCAACUGCCCUUCCUUUCGCGCGGGAAAGUGUACAGGAGCGGCUAAACGGCUACUGGCAACGGAAGCAUCGCCGCUCACUCGCAAAGACAAAAGGGAGGGUGAUAUUUCCUCAGUAUUCUCGACUUUCUCUGGCCGAAAAAGCCCGCCACUGCCUGAACGGUUCCGUGACUUGAAGCGUAACUUGACCACCGGGUUUGAAGAGCAAAUCCAGAAGUCUUGGGAUGACCUCGUUCAGACUCUGAAGGUCCGGACUGAAGAAGUCGCCUCCAAGCGAGAGUCCAUGAUCCCUCAGUUGAACUUUUCUGACAUCAAAGCUCGUACUGUACCUGCAAAGAGCGUUGAAGCUAUCCGACGCACCGGUGUUGCGGUCAUCAGAGGGGUGGUACCAAAGAAUGUCACCGAAGAACUCCUCUCUGACGUUCGUCAAUACUUUAACGCCCACUCUUUCAAAGGCUUCCCGUCUGAUGCGGAGAAGAAGGUUAUCUACGAAUCUUAUUGGAGUCCUUCGCAAGUGAAAGCCAGGUCGCACCCUAAUCUCCUAGCCACACAGUCUUGGAUGAAUCAACUGUACACUGCGGACGCAAAUCAAAAGGUUGAUCUCUCUAUUCCGCUGACCUACGGUGACCGUGUUCAAAUCCGCCCACCUGGCGACAAACUGUUUGCACUUCCGCCUCACGUCGAUGGCGGAGGAGUCGAGAGAUGGGAGGACCCCGCUUAUAACCAUGUCUACAGCAAGAUCUUCCAAGGAAAGUGGCGGGAAUACGAUCCAUGGGACCUGACUGGCCGCCUCGAUGCCAACAUGAAUAUGUAUGAUGGACCAGGUGGUUGCUCUGUCUUCCGGUCUUUCCAAAGCUGGCUUGGGCUGUCCCGUCAUGGACCCCAGCAAGGUACUCUGGUAGUGCAUCCUAUCUUGCAACCCUCCACUGCUUACUGGAUGCUGCGACCAUUUUUCAAACCUACUCGGAAAGGCUCAUUGGAUGGAUGGAAGUUUUCCCUCGAUGACGAUGAAGGCAAUGUCUACCUUCAUGGUGCUAAUCCAGGCACUGCGCAAGAACAUACCCCCGAUCACCAUCCCCAUCUCAUGCUCGAGGAAACCAUGAUUCCCUAUCCCACCGUCGAGCCAGGCGAUACCGUGUUCUGGAGUGCCGAUACCAUCCACGGCACGGAAAGCGAGAAUACGGGCAAGGAUGAUGCUUGCGUCUUCUAUAUCCCAUCGGUCCCACUGACGCCUAGCAAUGCGCAAUACAUUGCGCAACAACGUGAUGCUUUCUUGGCAGGCACUCCUCCACCAGACUUCCCCGGUGGCCUAGGCGAGUCUACGUUUUCUGAUAGAGCACAACUUGGGGACAUCCAGACUGAAGCUGGCAAAAUGGCCAUGGGCUUGAGUCCUAUCAAAGCCAGUGGAAAGAGUGAGAAGUCAACGAAACUCGCGCAUGAAGUGAAUGGAAUUCUAGGCUUUUAA